UCCUCCCCGCCUCCACUUGCGGGUCAUUCACAGUCUGGGGGCGACCUGUCUCAUUCAAUCUACUUCCCUUUUUUUGGAAUCUGUGCUCAUCGAUCUGCGUGGUACUGGACAAUUGGGAUUGCGCCAUCCUCACUAUAGCCGCCGCGCCGGUAUAGCUAAUGCGCCGCCCAUCACAAGACUAGGAUCUCCAUAUCGCGCAUUCACUAGCAGGGACGUAGCCUACGGCUCGCCCUUCAUCCAUCUCUACGAUCUGGUGCCAGCCAUUCAGAAGCAACGCGCCAAGUGCUCUCCCCACGUCCGAUAAGCAUGCUCCGCUCUGACCCCACGCUGUCUCCGAAUAAUCUUGGGUGGACUUGACAAGUAUGAACGAAGGCUCUGCUGAGAGGAGACUAGAAGUGGUCAUGGAGUCAUCAACAUGCAAAGGAUCCCGAGGGAAACUGGCAGCAAGGCUCCAGACAAUGAACGCAAAUAACAGUUCGACGUCGAAGAGGCGCUGUGUUAGUACAGCGUGCAUCGCAUGCCGCCGACGAAAGUCGAAGUGCGACGGCAACCUACCCAGCUGUGCGGCCUGUUCCUCAGUAUACCAUACGACAUGCGUGUAUGAUCCAAACUCCGACCAUCGUCGAAAAGGGGUGUAUAAAAAGGAUACGGAUACUUUACGGACAAAGAAUGCGACCCUACUGACCUUGAUACAAGCCUUACUAAACUAUGAGGAAGAGGAUGCGUUUGACUUAGUACGACAAAUACGAUCCUGCGACAACCUAGAGGACGUAGCGCAGUCGAUCAUGGGCCAGGAAAAAAUUUCUGUGGCCGCUUCCAGAGAUUCCGUUCACAAUAGAGAACACUCCCCGAUAGAGGCAGACCAAUUCGAAUCAGAAUUAGCGGGAAAGAUGAGUGGGCUUAUGCUGGACGGUUCUCGGAAGUUCAUCGGCGGCACUUCAAACCUCAUCUUCUUGCCGCCCGGAUCGGAGCUUUAUGACUACAACGCCGACUUAGAUAGUCAGGUGGUGGGCGACACAGACGACCUCUCUAUUACUCAAUGGACGAAGGUUACGGCCGAUGAACAGCUGAUUAGCCACCUUAUGACGAUGUACUUUUCGUGGCAUUACCCCUUUUUCACAACUCUGUCAAAAGAUCUAUUCUAUCGCGACUAUGUUCGUGGCAUUUCCAGCCAGUACUGUUCAUCUCUACUGGUCAAUGCAAUGCUGGCGCUGGGCUGCCAUUUCAGCUCCUGGGACGGGGCUCGAGAAGAUCCUCAGAUUUCGGCGACCGCAGGGGACCACUUUUUCAAGGAAGCGAAAAGACUGGUUCUUGAAAAUGAUGAGCAUGCAAAUGCGAAACUCUGCACGGUCCAAGCUCUCGCCCUCAUGUCCGUUAGAGAGGCUGGAUGCGGUCGUGAAGGCAAAGGCUGGGUUUAUAGUGGCAUGAGCUUCCGUAUGGCAUUGGACUUAGGUCUAAACUUUGAUUCAACAAGCCUUGGAGCUCGCAAUCUUAGUGAAGAAGAAGUAGAUGCACGGCGGAUCACUUUCUGGGGUUGCUUUCUCAUUGACAAGUGCUGGUCCAAUUACCUUGGUCGCCUGCCUCAGCUAGCAGGUACUAACGCGAGCGUGCCAAAGAUUGAUAUUCUGCCUAAUGAGGAAGCAGCAUUGUGGUCUCCCUACACAGACGCUGGGGCAAGCCGUGAAAACACACAGCCGUCACGAACUAGAACGGUAGCCUUACAACUGUCCAAGCUUUGUGAAAUCAGCGGUGAUCUGCUUGUGUCUUUCUAUGACCCAACCCCCAAAGAAAAGCCUGUUUCAAAACAGAUCGAGCUAAAGAGGCUCAGUGAAAUUCACACGAGGCUUGAAGCAUGGAAGAGAGACCUACCUAAGGAGCUAGAACCGAAAGAAAGGCUGCUGCCUCAGGCUUUGCUCAUGCAUAUGUUCUACCAACUCCUCUUCAUCCAUCUCUACCGCCCUUUCCUGAAAUACACAAAGUCCAAUUCUCCUCUUCCCCACCAUAUCUCUCCUAGGAAGCUGUGCACGCAGGCUGCUUCUGCCAUUUCGAAGCUGCUUCGUAUUUACAAGCGAAACUACGGGUUCAAACAAAUCUGCAAUAUAGCAGUCUAUAUGGCACAUACUGCCUGUACCGUCCAUCUCCUCAACUUGCCCGAAAGGAACGCUCAAAGAGACGUUGUUCAUUGUCUGCGACACCUCGAGGAAAUGGGUGAAAGCUGGCUUUGCGCUCGACGAACCCUCCGAAUUCUUGACAUAUCGGCCAGUAAAUGGCAGGUUGAGCUUCCUUCCGAGGCUGUUAUCGUCUUGGAACAGACGCAUGCGAAAUGGGGCUCAUGGGGGUCAUGGGACCAAGCGACAUCACCCUCUACCUCGGAGCAAUCUCCAUCUUCAGUCACCGCCCAACCUCCUACAACAAUCCCAAGCAGCUUCCCAUCGCCUGGUCAAUACAUCCCCGCCCGUGAGCUAGGUGAUCCCUCAAUUCAAAGCCCUUCUGAUACGCUUGGGUCUAUAGGCGCCCAAUAUCCAGCAGGGGUACCACUUCCUGCGUCUAUAUCAGCUAUACGAGCAGCUCAGCGAUAUUCAAGUGCUCAGCUUCCACGAACAGACGCCCAGCUCCCAGAACCGACAUACCUGCGGCCUGUAUCUCAUGCUUAUGGCUCAAUACAGAAUGUUCCUCUCGCUCAGCAUGACUCUUGGUAUGAUCUGAAGGAGGCGCAGGGCCGUUCACUGGGUACCAGUCAAGAUAUAUCAUCAACCUCAAGCACAUCCCCAAUGGCCGGUUUUGGCACUCCCGAGAAUUUAGUUGAAGAAAGUCAAGAUUGGUGGUUUCGCGAUCCGAGUGCAUUCAAUCCAGGAUAUGACGGCUGGAAAGAAGGCUGGGGCUCUACUGUGACCGGGAUAAACCCCGAUUUGGCCUAUGUCGGACAGGCACCGGGACCUGACAACACUUCUAGACCACAACCAGCUAGAUAUCCUAUUGAAGCCCCUUCUAACGUCACGCAACCGGAAGAGACGCCGCGUAUCGCAAGAUACAACGAUGUGGUCUAUGCAAGAAAUUACCAACCUUGACCGCCAUGACAUUUCCAGGGAUGACUGUAUUAUAAUUAUUUUUUGAGAUUUUCGGGUAUAUUCACGAUUUUAAUGAGGGUACGGUCUUUUUUCAUCUCCAAAGUGUCACUCUCCUACAUACCUUCUACGUGUUAUAUAUAUAAGCAUAUGCUGUACAUGCUCCGAAACUCGUUGACUAUAGCCCACGUUCCGGGCAAAAACCACGUUAUUGUAUAAUUUUGAGACUCCUAUUGCACAAGAUCUGCUGUGUCUAUGUCAGAUAUUAUACAGAGACAUAU